CGUAGUACGCGCGCGUGCGUGCGUGUUGUGGCCGGUCGGCCGGCGCGCACACGCACACACUCGCGGGCAGCAGCAGCCCUUUCCGCGCUGCCGCCGCCGCCGGGGUCCUGGGAACGAAAAAGGGCCGCGAAUCCCGAGAGCGAUCUCUUCUCGCUGGCUUCGGUAGCAGCGACCGUAGCCAAGCCGCCGGCUGGCGAGUCUCCCACGAAGGCCCUCCUUCCCCACCUCCACGAAGGAGAACUCUCUCACUCACUACGCGCCUCUCGCGGAAAGAGAGAAAGAGCGGACCGCCGUUCCGAACAGCGCUGCCACUCCCUCUGGAGAAGCGCGUCGUCUGCUCUGCUCUGACAACUGACGAGAAUUCCGAAAGGUCGCUUCAAGGAUCCAGUGAGCAAACAUGUGGAGAUGAAACUGUUUUUGCAAUCCAAGUAUUCCUUAUAACUGUAGAGCUAAAGCUUGGUUAUUGAGAAAUAAAGUAAAACGAGAAAAACAACCGCUUGGAGGCCAGCGCUCGAGAGAGCGAGGAGGUGAGAAGACGGUUGCGGAAACGAAGGAGAGAGGGUGGCGCGGGGAGUGCAGCGACCUGGCGGGAACAGCAGGGCCAGCCAUUGUUUCCCACGAUGUUUGCUGAGAAUCUGCGGAUUCCCACGGUGACUCGUGGCGGCAGCGGCCCGAUCAGUGCCGUGUCCGUCGCCAGUCGACAGUGCAGCGAGAGCAUCGCAACGACCAACACGCUGGUUCGCCCUUCAGUCGCCGCCGCGUCGUCAUCGCCGAUGGUGUUCUCUCCCAGCGAGUGCCGUCCCGCCGCCCCGAUCAGCAGCCGCCGCCUUCGUUGCACGACAAGCCCGCUGCCGCUCGACCACGUCAGGUAGGCGACGCUGCGAUGCGACACGCGAGUUCCGUCCAUCCGACACCGAACUCGGUCCGCGCGCGUCACCGGCGGUAGCAUCGGGCCUCUGCGCGUGUGUUUGGUGGUGCGUGUUGUGCGCGAGUGCGUGCGUGUGUUGUGUUUGGGUGACGCUGCCAUGAGUGACGUGUAUAUGACCGAGGAACAGUACGCGGGUUACCACCCGGCGCAGGGCAACUAUUCGUCUCCGCACGACGACGGCCCCUACGGCGCUGCAACGGGGAUGGCCGGCUACGGCGACUACGGCCGCGGUAGCGAUCUGCUCAUGGAGCUGGGCGGCCAGCCUGUCGACAUGUCGAGCCCGCCGGCGCGCUACUACAAGGGCGGCGGCGGGGGCCUCUCGGACCAGGAGCCGAGCGCGCUGCUCGGCUCGGUAGCCAAGGGUCCCGGUCCCCCGCCCGCGCCGCAGGGCUCCCCGCACCUGGGCCUGCAGGCGCCGCGGGCGCAGCUGCCGCCGAGCCCCGUCGCGAGUCCCGUGGCCGUGGCCGCGGCGACGGUGGCCGGCGGCGAGAGUCGACUGUCGCGCGACGCGAUGGAUCGCUACCUGCGCGAGCGCGGCGACAUGGUACUCGUCAUACUGCACGCCAAAGUCGCCCAGAAGUCGUACGGAAACGAGAAGCGGUUCUUCUGCCCGCCUCCGUGCGUCUACCUGCUGGGCGACGGCUGGCAGCGCAAACACGACCAGUUGGUGCGCUCGGGCGAGACCGAGCAGGGCGCCCAGCUUUGCGCCUUCAUCGGCAUCGGAAACUCGGACCAGGACAUGCAGCAGCUGGACUUCGGCGGCAAGAACUACUGCGCCGCCAAGACGCUCUUCAUCAGUGACUCGGACAAGCGCAAACACUUCAUGCUCUCCGUCAAACUGUUCCACGGCAACGGCGAGGACGUGGGCGUCUUCCACAGCAAGCGCAUCAAGGUCAUCUCCAAGCCCAGCAAAAAGAAGCAGUCGCUGAAGAACGCCGACCUGUGCAUCGCCUCGGGCACGCGGGUGGCGCUCUUCAACCGGCUGCGCUCGCAGACAGUGAGCACGCGCUACCUGCACGUGGACGCGGGCAACUUCCACGCCAGCUCGAGCCAGUGGGGUGCAUUCACCAUCCACCUGCUGGACGAUAACGAGUCCGAGGCCGAGGAGUUCACGGUGCGCGACGGCUACAUCCACUACGGCUCGACCGUCAAGCUCGUCUGCUCGGUGACCGGCAUGGCUCUGCCGCGGCUCGUUAUUCGCAAGGUGGACAAGCAGAACGCCUUCCUCGACGCUGACGACCCAGUGUCGCAGCUGCACAAGUGCGCCUUCUACAUGAAGGACACCGAGCGCAUGUACCUCUGCCUGUCGCAGGAGAAGAUCAUCCAGUUCCAAGCGACGCCCUGCCCCAAGGAUACCAACAAGGAGAUGAUCAAUGACGGCGCCUCGUGGACCAUCAUCAGCACGGACAAGGCCGAGUACACCUUCUACGAAGGCGCUGGACCUGUGCGCGGACCCGUCACGCCGGUGCCUGUGGUGAGCAGCCUGCACCUGAACGGCGGCGGUGACGUUGCCAUGCUCGAGCUCACCGGCGAGAACUUCGCGGCCAACCUGCGCGUCUGGUUCGGCAAUGUUGAGGCCGAGACCAUGUACCGCUGCGCCGAGUGCCUGCUCUGCGUGGUGCCUGACAUCUCGGCGUUCCGCGAAGGUUGGCAGUGGGUGCGGCAGCCCACGCAGGUGCCCGUGUCACUGGUGCGCUCAGACGGGGUGAUUUACGCGACGGGGCUCACGUUUACAUACACGCCCGAGCCUGGACCGCGCCACUCGGGUCCCAGUCCGUAUCCGGCUCUAGUGCAUGAGAUCCUGAGGCCUGCCAAUGCGCGCACGCACCCGCCGGCACCUGAGGACCAUGGCAUCACGCCGCAGGGCUAUGGCCAGCACCAUGCCAUGGGACACUACCCCGGAGCCCACCACCAAGGCAUGUCCUGAGAGCCCUCUCGUGUGUACACUGAAGACACCCUACCCUAUUUAUUUUUGCCUCGCUACGCGGUGACAGGACGUGCGCGGAUCUGAGAGGCAGGCCCCAAGAGUGUGUGUCACGCAUCAGUGUGUCUUGCCCUGCGUACACGAGCCCCGAUUUUGCCACGCUCACAGGACGCAUCGUGAACAUUGGCGCUGUCAGUGAAAGAAGGCACGCAUAGAAUGGGAAGAGCUUUAUAGUCUGGUGGCAUUUCAAAACCAGUCGCCCUUUCAUUCAAAAAAUCACCCUUGCACUUAGCUAAUGCCGCAAUGUUUCCUUGUAGAUGAAUCUCUGUGUCAGUGCAAGUGCUUGUGUACGAAAUGCCAUCCAAUAUUUUUUUUAAUGAUUUGUGGCCAUAGUCAAGGGAAAGGGUGCUGUUGGGAAUUUGGGCCUGCCGUGUUGUGUAAAGAUAAAAGUGUUAACUCAUUAUCCCCAAAGUUUCUUGAGCUUCGGACUUGUUUUCUUGUGUGUGUUGCUUGGAGAACUGUGAAGAAUAUGUCUCAUUGUGAUUGAUGCUAAACAUGUCGGGACUGGUCGCUGUGGGAGUCUUCGCCAGCUGCAGAUUCAUUUCAUGCAAAUGUCAAUACUUUUAACUGCCCUGCUGAGCUUCCCACGUGAGAGAGCUGUUUCUCAGGGCGAUGUUUUACCUCUUAAUCUUUAAAGCAUGCAAUGACUCAGUUUCAACAAAAUAUUGCCCAUAUGAAGCAUCACAUUUUUGUAUGUGUAAAUUGGGCAUAUGCACUUGUAUAAAUUUCUACUUUUAGUUGUUUUCUGGAUAAGUGGCUAUGGUACAAGAUCUAUUUAUUAUUGUCUAUGCUGUGAAUGUCAUUGCUUUUUACAAACAAGAUUUAUUGCUGUUUUUCCAGGUUGCUUUUAUGGACAUAAGUAAUUAGCACCAAACCCAGAAUGCUUUUUUAAGCAACAUUGCUUUGUUAACACUUUUUUUAAGUGGUUUAACUUUGGGAACCAGCAUUCAUUUAUUGGGCAGGAUAGAAAGCAGCAAGGUCACAUUGAACUGGCGAGUUUUCUAUAACUGACUUCACAGUGCCUGUCAGAUCCAGAAGCAUUUCUGUCCCCAUUUAGCUAAGCCAUUUAACUAAGUAGAAAUUGUUCUCCUAGAAAUCUUCAGAGCCGUGGGAAGCAGUUGCUCAUGAACAGCCAUUGGAAGCUCUCAACUUUAAUUUCAACGAAAAUUUUGACAGUGGCAUACAUGACGCGCUUUUAAAGCAGCAGUAAUUGAGUGCAAGCAUUCGAGAAGCUUUCUGCUUUUAAAUUUUGUGAGUGGUACUCAAUUUAAUCUCAGUAUCCCUUCAUAUUUUGUUAUCAGAAUGGGUGUCCACUAAAGUAUCUGUUCAAUUAAGUGGAAGGAAGCUGAACAGAUUUAUGAGUGAGUUUUAUGAAGUAUAGAGCAAGCACAUGAUUAUUUCCACAGCUCUUUUAAUUGUUGGUCAGCAUUUUAGUAAGGAUUUUGUUGCGUGAUAAAUUUUUUAUACAACUCCAGUGUGGUGCAGAUGUGAUCUGUAUCUCACACUUAGAAUUUUUGUAGCUGCUGUGCAUUAGAGUGGUUGUAUUUUUGAGGACUGCAGCACAAGGUUCUCGUGCUGAGUUUGUUGUGUUCCAUACCAUAUACAUUACUUCAUUUUCUUGCUCAUUCGCUGCUCCAUUUCAAGAAAAUAAAUGUGGUGUUAGCACGAUAGAUAUAAAAAAAGGCAAUGGAAUGAACUCUAGGAAGCAUUUGUCCUGUUGCGUUUAGCUUCUGUGAACCGACUAACCUGAGAGCAGGCACCGCUGCAAUGUUCCCUAAACAUGCCAGGCAUGGGCACGUAGUGCUUUCAGAAUGGAUUGAGUGCCCGUUAAAAUCAAAACCCACUGGCUAUAAUUCAGCAAAGUUCUGAAAUACUCUGCACUUUCUUUUAAAGUUAUUCAGUGUCCCGUCUGUAUUGGUAGUGCCCCACGCAAGUCUUAUGUGGCCUUAGAAAAUGCACUGGUGUAAUGCUACAAUUAGUCCAGCUGGCAGUUCAGUGCUGUCUCAAGAGUAUAGAAAUUGUAUCUAUACGGCAGAACAAAUAGUAUUACUUGCUUGUGGGAAUCUACAUUGCUGUGUAUGUUCAAACCAAUUCAUGCAAAAAUUAUUACGGAAAGGCAAGAUUGCUGUGUAUUUCAGGCAAGAAGGCUGUGUUGUGAGCCCUAUUCUUGCCAUUUUCUUAUUGGCUUGCGGUAUGUCUGUACCACUAAAUAUAAAUUAAUGAGCUCUUAAAGCUUGUCUAUUUACUAAUAGAUCCUGCGAGUUUCAUGUCAUACAGCAGGACUAAAUUUUUAGUCCUUGGCACUGAAAGGUACUUUUCUGCUUAAAAGUUACAGCUACUGCUAGGAUGAUAAACGUUAGAGGCAUAGAAAAGUUACCUGGUUGGGGAAGUGUGGUUUAUGUACUCACAACAUCCAAUCAGUUGCCAUGCAAAUGUAUUUCCUUGCAUUAAGCUUUGCUAUGUUUUCUUGGGAAUAGCAUUUAUGAUGUUAUUACUCAACUCUUGCCAUGCUUCGACUUUGAAACAUUGAGUCAAGUACAUGCAAAGGAGAGCCUUCUGUUUGCAUACUUUUGAUCAUUUAGCCUGUGAGUAAAGGUAUGAGCAGCUUUUGGAAGCCAGACUUUUCUACAAAUUACACAAUGCUAACUGUGAUGCUUUAUAGCGUGCUGUUGCACUUAUCAGUUGAAAAAAUGCCCAGUAUGCAUUAAGUGGCUGUGAAUCACAAUUAUUUCCAUAAAAAAACUUUAUGUACAGAAUAGAAAUAAAAGCAAAGCCACCAUAUGUGAUGCAAGGCAUACUGCACUAACAAGGUGCUUUGUAUCCGAGACCUCUAUAUGGUGAAAGGGUAAAUAAGAGCAAAUCACCUACAUGCACGAGUUAACUGCAACAAUUUUGUUCAAUGACUUGGUUGCAGAAGCAUGCAGAUACUUAGCUGUUUUAUUUACAUUCACAUAAUUAGGUCAUGUGCUUGUCUAUUCAUAGAACUGAUUCAAUAUACAGGUGUGAGCAAGCAGGCACCUCAUUGUGAGCUCUGUCUGGUUUGUUGUCAAACUUGCCACCGCAAAAUAAUCUUUCCCUUAUAACUAUGCAUCAAAAUAUUUGGUUGGUAUUCUUAGCACAAGGUGGCCAGAAAGCAAUGUUUUCUGUGUGGUUCAUACACAGCUGCAGUUUUAGUGUUUGCGUGCAGCUGUUUGCAUUUAAUGCAAGGCUUUCUUGCUGAGAAAUUGGUGUCAAACCGCUUGCAAGAUGUUUGCCACCACUAUUGAAAUAUCUCUCGAUUCUUCCUUCUGUUCCUACUGAGAUUGAACAAAGAUGGGACUUUGCAUAAGUCCUACUGUUUUUACAAGGAUUGUGUUCAUCAGAGCAACAAAGUUUUUAUUCUCAACAUAGAUGCAUCUUUAUUUCAAGGCCAGUGUAAUCAAAGUUGCGGACACUGCCACAGAAACAAUUUCAAACCUGACAAUUUAGAGGCUGGGUGUGGCCACAGUGGUCAGCAUAAUGAAUGCAAAGCAAUAUGCUAUGCAUGCAUAUUAACUGCAUCUGAGAAGCAGAGUACAAUCUCUAACUUGGAAAGAUUGCAGUAUUAGGUAUUGUAUAUACUGCUUGUCGGUGUAUUUGCAAAUAUACUUGCUCCACAAGUGUCAAGGGAUAGUUUCAGCUGCUCCCUUCAUGCAAGCACAAAGGUGUGUGCCUUUUAGGGUCCGCGUAGUGUGUCAGGGGAAUGAGGUGAAGAUAAGGGGCCAAAGUUUUAAAACUGAUGGGGCAAGUUUUAUGUGCACAAAGGGAAAGGCCGCCAGCUCUGAUGCAGAACAUUGUUUAAAGCUCAGUGCUUCACACAGCCGUCUUGUGUUAUUGUAUGGAGCCAAGCCUUAUGAGAGAGCCGAAACAGACUUCUGUUGUCAAAUUAUCAGAAACUUGGAAACCAUUUUGUUAAAUUUUUAGUGGAGCAACUGUUUCUAUUCUCUCUUGUCUAUUCAAUUAUGCUGUGCCAGGUUCUGUAUAUGUGUCAUUCAGGGGAAUAUAUUUCAUUUACGUGUCCUAGUGACUCAUUGGAAUUGACAGACUGUGGCACCUGUGAUAGAUCCCGAGGUUGUCGCGGUUUAUCUUGUCCAUGUCAAAUACUUGUUCAGAUGUUGCUGCUCUGCACAGGUUUGCCAUAUGACAUUGCCUAACCCUAGAAAAAAUUUCAACCAAGGUUAACACUGCAUCAUUCAGAAAGUCUUGUCUACUUAGCAAGCAAGUGGUCUAUAUUUUAAGUAUCCUCAAAUUUCCACUUCAUGGUUGCCAGUUCAGCUAAUACAACCGGUUUUUGUUAACUUCUUUUUUUUUAUUACAGCGGUGUUUGAGGUUCCUUCUCUGAAAAUAGGCUCUUCUAACUAAUAGAAGCACUCUUGGGCUUAAAGGAACAAUGAUCUUGUUCACUGUUGCAUUGUGGCCUCUUGUAACAAUCAUCAUUUUUGGCAAAAGUACGAAUAUAAUCAUACGGAUUUUCCUGCGAAUUUUAUAAAUGCUGCAGCAAUUUCAUUCUAUUCUUGCAUAAUCAUUGCUUCUGUGUGCUGGUCACAUUUCUAGCUUGUCAGUAAUGUAGCUGCUGGGCAUCGUGUUUUGCUUCUUGCAUUUCCAAUGCACAGGUCAGCUUGUCCUUUUCAUUUUGCCUGAUCCACUUGCAGCGACAACAUUUUGAAUGUGUAAAAUGUAAUGUGUGAAGAUGUUACAGAAUUAUGGGAGCGUUGUAGUAUGCUGGAAGUGGCACAUUCAGGCCCAUGCCAUGUAAGCAGUGGCACACUCAUUUUUAGUGACAGUAUUAAGAGCAUUCUGAAUGGUGUCAUGUGAUGUAGGAGAAGUUGCACCCUUAAAUUACUGCAGCACCAUUUAAAAAGAAGUGGUGGACAAAUAUUUGACAUCUAAACAUAGUGAAAACAGUUUACAUGGAUGAUGUUGCUAUUGUUAGUAUAGGAUUCACCAGCAACUGCCGAAGGGAUUUAAUUCCUUGUAAAACCAUUUUUUGUCAUCGUUGACAUUUCUAGAAAAUGCAGCAGGUGUACUGCUUUAUAAAGUGUAAACAUUCAAAAUUACAAGUGCAGUUAUAGCUGUGAUGGGUUGAUGGCUGUAUGCAUUGGCAUUCAAAGGCACCAAAGGUCAGGAAUCUUUGGGGCAUGCCAGAAAAGUGCUGCAAUUGUGUACUGAGAUGAAAUUCACUUGUUAUCACUUGACAUACAGGGGCACAUUUGAAUAUUUCUAGAUUUGGCAGAGCAUGCAGUGUGACAUUCUAUUACUAUUUGGUUGCCAGCUUGUGGAUAACAUUAUUUAGAAUGCGAAAGGAAACCAUUUUAAUUUUACUGGCCUGUCUCAGAAAAUGUUAAUGAGCAAUAACAAUUCACGAGUUUAAUCGUGCAAUCAUUCGAAGAGAGGCCAUUUACAUGCCUCGUGAUGCAUUCUGCCUCAGAUAAAAUAGCAACUCGGUACUCAACUGUGUAAUGAGAAGUUGUAAUUGGAAGGGGGGCUCCCAUUUUUCUUGAUGCAUAUCACAUAAGUCUUGUUUAUUACUGUACCAUGCAGCUGAAGGUACGGUAAUGUAGGGAAAGUUGGCCCCAAAGUACAAUACAUACUAAGAAGGAAUGUUUGACGACAGGUAGUAGUAUGAAUAGAGAGAUGCCACAUGCAUUUACACAGACCAAAACUUCAGGAAAGUGACGCAGUCCUGUGUAAAAUAAUUCAAAACAAAUCUUCAAAUUGCAGUGUUUUGAACGAUGUGGCUAAGAAAUGUGUGCCUACAACACUGUAUCAAAGUUGAGUCACUAAAUAUGCAUUGUGGCGUUUUAAACACAGUGCUGUGUAGUCAUUGGUAGUCUAAAUUGGCAGUGACCACUAUGAUAGCUUGCACAAUGAAAGCAGAGCUGUGAGCAUGCAAGUCUGUAAUGGUUACAGAAGUUGUAACAUUCCACUGUGUUUUCUUUUUCUAUGUUACUUGUGUGCCCUCGUGUGCAAGAAUGCUUCCACUGCGAGCCUGCAAAUGUUUGUGCAGAGACAAAACAAAGCAGACUCAACGGACAGAUAUGUGUACAUUAUCGUUCCCUGGUGACAUUGCUGUAUAUUUCGCCUGUGUUUCUUUCCUCUGUGCUUGUCACUGAUGUGAAACGGAACCGAUAAAGACAAAUAUAU